AUGGAUAUUGUUAUUAGAAGAAAUUUUAAUUUGAAUGAGAGUCCAACUGAUGAUAUUUCUUUAGAAAAUGGUUAUUCAGAAAUAGUUGUUGAUCAUUUUGAUCAUAAUAUCAUGGAGAAAGACAUGUUAGAAGUUGAAAAAAUUGGAACUUUUGAGAGUCAAAAUCCUAUAUUUUCAAGUCCGAAUAUUGUUAUAAAUAGUUUUUUAGAAGAAGUUGAUGAAGAUGAAGUUUGUGAUGAGACAAAUAUGGUUCCUUUUAUUGGUCAAAUAUUUCUUACUGAAGAAGAAGCAUUUGCUUUUUACAAGAGAUAUGCAUAUCAUCACGGGUUCUCAAUUCGAAAAGGUCGGUUCAUAAAACAAAAGGAUGGAAUUAUUAGUCGGCGUGAUUUUUUUUGUCAUCGUGAAGGUAGAGUUUCCUCGAAAGACAUAGAACCAUCAAAAGAACAGAGAAAAAGAGAAUCAGCAAAGUGUGAAUGUAAAGCUCAUUUACGAAUUAAACUACAAAAGUCUCAAGAUAUAUUUCCAAGUGAGUGGCGAGUUACAACAUUUGUUGUUGAACACAAUCAUGGUUUACUAACUCAAUCAGAGGUGCGUUUUUUACCUUCUUAUCGAACUAUCUCUGAAAAUGAUUACAAUCGCAUUUUCUUAUUAAAAGAAGGUGGGCUUUCUGUUAGACAAAUAAUGCGUAUCUUAGAGUUAGAGAAAAAUGUGAAGCAUGGAUAUCUUCCAUUUAUUGAAAAGGACGUUCGCAAUCUUUUUUUGAAAGCCAAUAAAAAAGUUGAAGGAAGUGAUGCUGUGGAUCUUCUAAAUUAUUGUGAGAAUGCAAAAAAGAGUUGCUCAAAGUUUCAAUAUUCUUAUACACUUGAUGAAGAAAAAAGGCUAGAACAUAUUUUUUGGUCCUCUGCUUCUUGCUUUGAUUGGUACAAAAAAUAUGGUGAUGUUGUUGUAUUUGAUACUACAUACAAGGUAAAUUCUUAUGAAAUGCCGUUUGGAAUUUUUGUGGGUAUGAAUAACCAUGGAAAGACUAUACUUUUUGGAUGUGCACUUUUACGGAAUGAAACAAUGUCUGCAUUUCGUUGGUUAAUGAAGUCACCGAGGACUAUAUUAACCGACCAAGAUCCAUGGAUGAAAGAAGCAAUCUCGAAAGAAAUGUCAUCAACAAAGCAUAGUUUCUGUAUAUGGCAUAUAACUUUCAAGUUUAGUUCUUGGUUUAAUGCUAUACUUCGAGACAAAUAUGCAAAAUGGUGUUCUGAUUUUUAUGUAUUGUAUAAAUUGGAGACAUGUGAAGAAUUUGAGUAUCAAUGGCCAAAAGUUGUUUCUAAGUAUAACUUGCAGACAAAUAAACAUGUGAAAGGAUUGUAUGAGAUUAGAAAGUAUUGGGCACUCGCUUAUCUUCGUGAAUAUUUCUUUGGUGGAAUGACAACCACUGGAAGAUCAGAGAGUAUUAACGCAUUCAUUAAGAGAUUCAUCAAUUCCCACACAAGUUUAACUGACUUUGCAAAGCAGGUUGAUAUAGCAAUUGAUGAUAUUAAGCAAAAAGAAGAGCUUGAUAUAAUGUUAGAAAAGUGCAAAGGGUCAAAUAUGAAGUUGAUGUCACCAUUACAAGAGCAAGCUCAAAGUGUUCUCACACGUUUUUCUUUUCAGAAGUUUCAAGAUGAGUUUGAAAGAUCCAUCCAAUACUCAAUUCUUCAUGAGAAUGGUAAUGUGUUAGUGUUGCAAUACUAUAAAGAUGAUAAUAGUAAGAAACAUCAAGUAUUUUGGGAUGGUAAAAUAGCUAUAUGUAGUUGCAAACUAUUUGAAUUUUGGGGGAUAUUGUGUCGCCACAUUCUUAGUGUUUUUCUUCAUAAAGAUUGUCAUAGAAUCCCUAAUGACUACUUGUUGUCACGAUGGCGGCUUCAAGAAUCACAUGCAGAUGAUGAAGUAGUUGAUUAUCAAAUAAUGGAUUGUAAUAAUGAAGCUGGUUCACAACAAGUUAUUCAUUGUCCCCCAAUUUCCAAAACAAAAGGCCGUCCUAAACGAAGACGAAUUAAAGGUGGAAAAGAGUUAUCUCAUAACAUGAAUGCUUGUGGAUUAUGCAAAGGCGAAGGACAUAACAUUGUUACAUGUCCCCUAAAAGAAAAAAAGAAGACAAACAAAAAAAAGAAAAAUUGUGAAGAUGCCAAUUUAAAUCCAAUUCUUCUUUCAAAAGUUUAG